AUGUCUUUUAUAAUUUCUUUUAUUAUAGCUAACCUUAUACCCGUCUUUGUGACUGAUACAAUCAAAUCAGAAAAUGGUACAAAUGAAGAAAUUAAAUUUGAUGACCCACACCGACCGACGUUGGCGUACCCAACGUCUUUGGCCUUCCUGUUCUUAUUUACGACACUUCUUAUCGGUGUUAUAAUAAGGGCUAUAGUACUUUGGACAAAUAUGUGCAUUCCGUAUAGAGUGAUAAUGUUUUCAUUUGGAGGAAUUGCAGGAUUUUGCGCCAACGUUUACCCAACGUUCAAACCAAUCGUCCAAAUUUGCUACAUCGAUGUUGAUUUGUUAUUGCUUAUAUAUUUGCCAAUAGUAGUUUUCUAUACGUCGUAUACAGUGGAUUCUCAUUCUUUUUGGAAGUGCUUUCCUCAAAUUUUACUAGUUGGUGUCCCGGGUGCUGUACUAACUGCGUUAAUGGUGGCCUUUAUGGCGUACAACUUGAUCGAACCGUCUUGGAAUUUCUCUACCGCUUUUCUGUUUGGGGUGGUUUGUUCACCGAUCUAUCCCAUGGAAGUUGUAACACAAUUAAAAGAAAUGUCUAAAGGGAAGUAUAUAAGCGUUUUGCUUCUAGGCGAAGGUUUAAUAGGAGAUGUGACAGCCAUGAUCGAAUUUACUGCUGUUUUUGGAUACUUAGCCAUGGCUUUAACAAAUGCGUCUCAAAUUUCGAUACUACUGCUUCGCUUUGCAGGAGGGGGUAUUCUGUUGGGUUUAGUUAUGGGAAAGAUCAUUGCUACGUUAUUGUCUAUUACAUAUUAUGACUUACUAUGCGUUGUUACUGUUACCUGGGCGGGUGCGUACCUUACAUACUAUAUUGGUGAGAAAUUUUUCUACGUGUCAGGGUUACUGGGAACUGUCAUUGCCGGUGUUAUGGUUAGUAAUAGGAAGUCAACAGUUGCCGGCGACGUGGAACACAUUGUGGCACACUUCUGGAACAUUCUAGCUCAUGUGGCUAAUACGCUAAUCUUUACAAUUGUCGGCGUGGUCAUAUUUGAAAAGCUAAGUUACGUGAUAAGUGUACGUCAAGUGGCGUUAACUUUUGUUACAUAUACCACAGUGUAUUUUUCGAGAUUACUGGUAUAUGUGGCAAUGACUCCCGUAUUGAGGCACAUUGGAUAUGGAAUAUCCUGGCAGCACUCGAUGGCAUGCGUUUGGGGAGGAUUACGAGGACCAUUAUCGCUUUGCUUGGCUUUGAUUGUACUUCAAACACCAUCUGUAGGUGACGCUGGUGAGAUAUUCAUUAUACAAACAGCAGGUUUAGUGAUAAUAUCAUUACUUGUAAACGCAACAUCAAUGCAAAAAGUACUAAAGGUAUUGGGCUUAGCUGAAAUAUCUCUGGCUAAAAAAGCAAAUAUGACUAACAGCGUGAAACGGAUAAUGGCGACUAGGGAUCGUUGUAUAUCUAUGCUGAAGAUGGACAAGUUUUUAGCUGACGCCAAUUGGGAACUUGUUCAAGGAGGUACAACAAUAAAACACCCGUAUCAGAUUCAAAUGUCUCGAGACGAGGACAGCGAGGACGAGACCUACAUGGGCUACCACUACACGACCUGUCCGGACUGCGAGAGGGAAAUUCCUAAUGAACCUACAAAAAAGGAGUUUGCGGAAAUGAUGAGAGAAGCAAAUCAACGCGUACUUAAAGCGAUGAAGAUUUCCUACUGGCGUCAGUACGAGCAUGGUAAGAUAAGUAAAGACGGGGUGCGGACGUUAGUACAGGCAGUAGAAAUAGCGGCUGACGCUGAUGAUGGGAGGAUUAAUUUGGAUCAGUUGGGCACGUUGUGGAGGCCGAAGGCUCACGCAGUCUGGCUCCGUCGAAAACUAGUAGACAUGAUGAUGCCAGCCCCAGCCAACGCUCAAGUACCGAGACACAGAUAUCGCCAGAAUUGCUACCGCCUGGUCUCCAGCUUGUGGUUCGAUGGGUUCAUCUACCUCAUGAUCCUCUGCAACACGCCAGUUAUCCUCUGUGAAGUUAUGCUGAAGCCUCCCGUCACUGCCACGGUGGUGUUCACGAUUAAAGCUCUUAAUUUAUUCUUCUACAUAAUAUACGUACUUGAAAUGGUUAUCAAAAUGUUGGCUCUAACUGUCCGCGGAUAUUUUAAGUCUCAUUGGAAUAAGUUGGAUUUCUUCAUAAUCGUUAUGGCUACGGCUGACCUGAUCUUGGACAUAAUCGACGCGGUUAGUUCGUGGGACAAGUGGAACAACACCAACUCCAGCGUGCUCACUGCAACCAAACUGCUCCGCAUGCUCCGCUUUGUAAGGCUCUGCAAGCUGGCCAAAGUAUCCGUUCCUAAAAUAAUGGCGUACAUAGACAGAAUGAUUGACAUACAACUAGCAUUUGGAUAUGACGUUGGAAAGGGCUUUGUAACAGGUGAACAGGAAGUAUGCAAUCUCCUUCCCCAGCUGAUAGACAAUAAGCAAAUACAGGAAACUUUAUAUAGCAGAUUAGAAAACGAUAGGUUGUCGGUGACUCGUCAGCUGGGGCUGCUGCAGCGCGACAGGCCGUGGACCGCCAUGACGGUGAAGACGCGCCAGGCGGUCUCUUGCACGCUCAACGUGAUGUUGCUGGACGCGGGGCAGCUCAAGGAGGAAGGAUUCUUAGACGAAGUGGAAUAUCGUCUUUUAAUAAACGCUAUACAAGAUAAAGUUCAGUUGUGUCGACAUAAAGGCAGCCUCGUGGCGCCCUCUUCACCGGAAACUCAAUUACGAGCGGUGUCGUGGUUACAAGGCAACGAGCGUGUUGCUGAUUUUUUCAUAGAAAACUCUGAGAUUCACAAUUACAACCUUAACGACAUAUUAAUAUCGAGGGGUGAUAAACCAAGAGGCCUAUACAUCCUCGUAUCUGGACUGUGUGAAGCUACCUACAUACCCCCUGAAGGGGACAUGGAUGAAGCCAUCCCCAAUUAUGAGUUCAGAACUGAUCUGAAGUUCAUGGAGCCCAGUAAAGACUAUAUCGUGUCUGGAAAUGCAAUUGGAGUUUUAGGGGUCCUCACAAACCGUCCGUACAGCUACACAGUGAGGUGCGACUCGGCCGUACAAGCCUACUACAUCACAAUGCCCAUCAUCAAGGAAGCGUUCAAUCUCGCACCUAAUCCUAUUAUGGGUUUAGAAGCGGCAAUGUGGCGCGAAAUCGGUAUAAAACUGUCAAUGAUGAUAUUGCCCACCGUGCCUGCGUAUCACAGCUGGUCGAUAGAAAAGAUUAGUAUGCGUUUGGAAAACGCUUUCGUGCCUUGCCUUAAGGCUUUCAAGAUAUUUGUGGUGAAUGAACUAAUGGAAGACAUUAUUCUGAUCGACGGUAUCUGUCAAGAUACUGCGACUAGAGAGGUGUUCCAACCGCCGUGCUAUAUUCCAAGAACAGUCCAUCGCCUGAUCUUCCCUAAGUCAUCUCAGCUUAUCGUCAGUGGGUCGUGCCCUGAAACCAAACUGUUAAUCGUUCCUGCCAAAGACUCAGAUGAAUUGGACAUUAUGGAAGAUGAAUUAGAUGACUUGCAGUGCGAAUUGGUGUCAAACGUUUCUUCGAGAUGUUUGUAUCACAGAGUGGCUAAAAAGCUGUCGAGUGAGAUUCGAGGCAAAAGUGCCUUGAGGAUCAGGAGCAAGCGACGCCGGGGCGCGAGACGGGUCAACUACAGGGAGUCUGUUUGGGCGAACAAAUUGUCAUCAGUGACCGUCACCGUACCGUCGAUAACGGGCGAUCCGAGCGAGAAGGAGAUUAGCUCCAAGUAUUAUAAACCAAGUUUUGCUGAUAUGCCUGAAAAGCUGCAGUCGACAAGACAAAAAGGCGAAAUAAAGCCUCCGCAGUCGGUCGGAACUCCAAACCAAUCUCAAGCAUCGUCUAUGCCCGCACAGAUGUCUGAACACGAGAUUUACAACACGAUGCUGACGAAAAAUAAAAGAAAAUCAUCUGACAACAAGUAAAAUAAAUAGUUUGGUUAAAAC